CUUCUUCCCACGAUGACAGUUUCCUGCAGGCUGUCCGCCUCACAGCGAGAUGUGCUGAAGGGGAAGACGGGGUUAUCUGAGUUAAAGCUGCUCGGCAUGCUGUGGACUUGAGAGGAGGAGUGAUUUUUUACUUUAUUUUUUAAAGGGAAGGACGAAUGUCGAUACUGUGGUGAAAUGACUAACAGGAUGGAGGGUUCUUCGGCCCCAGGAGCCAAGGCGAACGGACCCAUUGCAGCGCCCAGCAGCCCAACAAGCUCCAAAAUCGGUCCGCCACUGUCCCCAGAUGACCUGGACGAUGGGCCUCAGUCUUCUCUGACUGAUGUCACCCAAAUGUGGAUUACAUUCGUCAAGACUUUCGCUAUCAUCUUCCCCAUCUACGUCAUGGGAUACUUUGAGUUCAGCUUUAGUUGGGUUCUGAUUGGACUCGCCAUGUUGUUCUAUUGGAGGAAAAACCACGGCACUAAGGACUACAGGAUAAACCGAGCCUUAGCAUACCUGGACCAUGAGGAUAAAGUAUUGAAGCAGAGUGUGCCUACUUCAGAUCUACCACCAUGGGUCCAUUAUCCAGAUGUGGAGAGAGUGGAAUGGCUGAAUAAGACGGUGAAGCAGAUGUGGCCGUUCAUCUCCCAGUUUGUGGACAAGCUGUUCAGAGAGACCAUCGAGCCGGCAGUGCAGGCCGCAAACCCUCACCUCAGCUCCUUCUGCUUCACCAAGAUCGACAUGGGCGACAAGCCGCUGAGAGUGAACGGGGUGAAGGUUUACACAGAGAAUGUGGACAAGAGGCAGAUCAUCAUGGAUCUGCAGAUCAGUUUUGUGGGGAAUACAGAGAUAGACGUGGACAUCAAGAAGUACUACUGCAGAGCGGGAAUCAAGAGUAUUCAGCUCCAUGGGACGCUGAGAGUGGUGAUGGAGCCUCUGCUGGGAGACAUGCCUCUGAUCGGAGCGCUGUCCGUCUUCUUCCUCAAGAAACCAUUGCUGGACAUCAAUUGGUCGGGACUCACAAACAUGCUGGAUAUUCCUGGUGUCAGUGGUUUGUGUGAUAACAUCAUCCAGGACGUCAUCUACAGCUUCCUCGUUCUUCCCAACCGGAUCACCAUUCCUCUGGUGGGAGAGGCCCAGCUGGCCCAGCUCCGCUUCCCCAUUCCCCAGGGCGUGCUGAGGAUCCACUUCAUCGAGGCGCAGGAACUGCUGGGUAAAGACAAGUUUUUGGGCGGGCUGAUCAAAGGGAAGUCCGACCCGUACGGUGUCAUCAAGGUGGGAACGCAGCUCUUCCAAAGCAAAGUCAUCCACGAGACCGUCAACCCCAAGUGGAACGAAGUGUAUGAGGCCUUGAUGUACGAACACGCUGGACCAAACAUGCUGGAGCUCGAGCUGUUCGAUGAAGACACGGAUAAAGACGACUUCCUCGGGAGUCUGAUGAUCGACGUGGCCGAGCUGCAGAAGGAGCAGAAGGUGGACGAGUGGUUUGUGAUAGAAGACGUGGCGACAGGGAAGAUUCACCUGAAACUGGAGUGGUUAUCUCUGCUGCCCUCACCGGAGAAACUGGACCAGGCGCUAACGAGCAUUAAAGCUGAUCGCAAUCAGGCGAACGACGGCCUCUCGUCGGCGUUGCUCGUCGUCUUCCUGGAUUCAGCAAGAAAUCUGCCGCGCAAUCCGUUAGAGUUCAACCAGUCGGGGCUGAGGAAGACCUCGGUCAGUAAAGCUCUGAAGUCCGGUAAAAAAGUGACCAGCGAUCCAAAUCCAUUCGUCCAGUUCAGAGUGGGACACAAGUCCUACGAUAGCAAGACCCGAUAUAAGACCAAUGAGCCGGUGUGGGAGGAGGCGUUCACCUUCCUGAUCCAUAACCCCCGCAGCCAGGAGCUGGAGGUCGAGAUUAAAGACGAGAAACACGAGUGUACGUUGGGCGUUUUGACGGUGCCGCUGACUCGCCUUCUGGAGGCCGAGGAAAUGACCUUAAAUGAACGUUUCCCCCUCAAGAACUCCGGCCCGAGCUGCACGCUGAAGAUGAAGAUGGCUCUGAGGGUGCUGAGCUUGGACAAAACCCCUCCCUCUUCCUCCGAACCCUCCUCCCCCUCUUCAGUGCAGGUCAACAAGAACAAGAAAACAAACCCUCAACCUGCCGCCUCUUCCUCCGACUCCCCCGUUCCUCCCUCCUCCACCUUCGAUAUCCCUCGCUCCGCCUCAGUGUCGGCGCAGGACGUCAUGAAUCGAAGGAAAGAAGCCAACGAUCCGAACCGCUCUGUAGGGAGCACUGAUUUGGGGCAGGGAGGAAGAGGAGGAGGUUUAGCUCUGAGUGGGAGAAGCUCCUCUAAUCUCGCCAUUUCCGGGUCGCAGCAAUAUCUGGCGGGAGGAAAAGAGCUGACUCCAAGCAUCGCUUCUGAUAUCUCCAACCCUUACGCCACUCAGGAGCUCCAGCAGAGACUCGCGCAGCUGCAGAAUGGUUCUGGUCCCGGUCACUCCCCUCUGGGUGAGAUCCAGCUCACUAUCAGACACUCCUCCCAGAGGAACAAACUCAUCGUGGUGGUGCACGGCUGCAGAAACCUGAUAGCGUUCACGGACCACGGCUCGGACCCGUACGUCCGCCUCUACCUGCUUCCCGACAAACGGAGGUCAGGGAGGAGGAAAACUCACACCUUCAAGAAGACCCUCAACCCCGUUUACGACCAGACCUAUGAGUUCAGUGUGUCUCUCGUGGAGCUCCACAGACGCACUCUGGACGUCGCGGUGAAGAACGGAGGAGGACUGCUCUCCAAACACAAAGGCCUUCUGGGAAAGGUUCUGGUGGAUUUGACGUACGAGGACACGUCUAAGGGUUGGACACAAUGGUAUGAGCUGAGUGAAGAUGGUCUGACGAAACCUCAACAACUAUAGAGCGAAACAACCAUCACAAUCACCAUCAUCAUCAUCAUCACCAUCAUCACCACAACCAUCAUCAUCAUCAUCAUCAUCAUCAUCACCACAAUGAUACGAGACAUCUAUUAUUUUUACUAAGUGUACAAAGUAAAGAAGAAGCAGCUUUGAUCCAUUUAACCACAUCAGUCGCAAGGCAGACCUCCCCUUUAAGAAGAGCCAGGCUUUAAAGGGAGUAUUCCACAUGUAGAAUAUUCAAUAUAUCACCAAUACUACUAUGUACUGCUGUGGAAAAUAUAUUCCAUAUUUAUAGGAGAAUAUAUAUACCAGCUGUAGAUGAAGACAAUCUAUUUUUUUGCGGUAAAAUAUGUAAAAGUUUGUAAAUAUAUAAACGAUGACGCUCGACUAAAGAGGGCGCCGUGUUUGAGAGAGAUUCAGGCCAAAUGAUUGUUUGUCGUUUUCUUUGAUUUCUUUGAAAACAUUCUAGACGCCACCAAAGAGACGAGAAGUCAUUUUUUGUAUUCUCUUCCCUCGUUUGCUUUCCUCUGGUUUAAUUCCACUUUGAUAACAUGUGUUUAAAACAUCUUAAAGAUAAGUAUAAGUACACACAGGGGCGCCGCUUGCAAAGAGGCAAGGCAGGGCUUGGGGCCCCGGACCAGAAGGGGGCCCCCAAAGGAGGUAGAUUAAGAAGGUCCACAACAUGAAACACCCUUUCAUUUACUGCAAGGACAUGUCGGGAAACCCCCUCAAGGCGCCCCCAUGCAUAGCGCGCCGUAAAAUGCUGCUUCUUAUUUUAAGUUUCGUUGCCUUGCUCCGCUCUGGGGGGGGGCGGAGAAGAGUGUGUUGGGGCGCCACUGAUGGCUGGUUUCGAGGGGCCCCCAGUGAAUUUUUGCCUAGGGCCCCCACAGACUCUAGAAUCGCCACUGAGUACACAAAAGGUGUGUUGAAUCCACAGUUUUUGUAUCCGGUAAUACACCUGUUGUUAUUCUAGAAUAAGGCCAUUGUUAUUGUUUUUAAAGCUGAAUAUUUUGUGUUUUUUGUAUCUAUCUGGGAUCAUCAGUCGGUUUUAGCGAGUAGUUCUUAUCUCAAAUUAAGAGUAUUUAUAAUUGAAAAAAUGCCAAAUUAGAGAGUCAUGUAUUGCAAUUAUAUAAAUAACAUAUUUAUGGAGUAGUGAUCCCUUCCUUUAUGAGAAAAGACCUAUUUUUUCUGUUAAAUAUGAAAGUUAGAAGUUGAAAACAGACAGAUUUAUCCGUAUUUCCCCAAAUAUUAGUAUUGCAAUUAUCACGCAUAUUUUCUUCAUUUAUCUAAAGCCACUAUGUACAAAAACACAUUUUAUACACAUUUAUGGUAUUGUCAUGUUCCCCGAUUAAUGUGUAUCAUAAAGAAACCAUCACUUCCUGUCGGCUUUUCACAAUAAGAUAUCUCCAGUUUUUUGUCUUUUAUUUUGAAAAUACAGGAAUAAAUCAGUGAAUAAAGACAGUGCUUGUGAUGUGAUUAAUGUGUAGCUAUCCUAAAGAAAACAUCACUUCCUGUCGGUUUUUCACAAUAAAAGAUAUCCAGUUUUUUGUUUAUUUGAAUAUCUUUUAUUUUGAAAAUACAGGAAUAAACCAGUGAAUAAAGACAGUGUUCGUGAUGUUUAAAUUACAGAAGAAAUCUAAUAAAAGUGGCUUGAAAAACUGAUACAAUUGGGAAAAAAUGACAUUAACAAAAUGUACACAUUAACAGUUUACACUUUAAAUUUACACCAAAAAUAUUCCUAGUACAAAUAUAUGUUUGCACCACUUUUCACAUUAAUAAAAACACUUCUGAUUGCUUUUUUAUUUUUAAAAAGCUUUUUAAUACACAAAAAAGUACAUUUAAAAAAUUCACAUUGGUCCCCAAACUAAGAGAAAUUAUCUGCAACACAAAAAAAUGUCCCCUUUUUGUAACAUUGUCAAAAAUAUGCGAAAGAUAAGCUUUAUUUACUGGCCAAUAAAUAUGGACAAAUAAUGGAUAAAAUAAAAUCUUCUGAAAAAUAUCAAAUAAUUACAAAUAAAUCCACAAAUAACUACUUUUAAAAUUGAGAAAAUUGGAAUUAAUUGACAUCUCAUAAAAUUAGAAAUAAGGUUUAAAAAAAUGUGCUUUUUUUUUUUUUUUUUUUUAGUUAGUCACCAUUUCAGUCUGGGUUUAUAUCGUCAUGAGUUCCGCUAUAAUCAAGUUUUCCACAUGUUGUUUAUGAAUCAACAUGAGUCUUAACGUGUCAAUAAUACGUGUCAUUUUUAGGUCUUGAAAUUGUUGAAAUUCACGUUUACUUAUUUUAUUUGGUGUACAUAUAUUUGUUACCGCGCAUAUCAUGUUUAAAAACUGCAUUGAUUUCACAGCACUUGCUCAAAAGGGAUUUAUAUCAAACUACAACAUAAAUGUUAGUAUUUAAAACAGCAAAUAAUAUCGUUUCUUUUCAAAUACACUCUCUUGCCAUCAAGAAAGUAUUUUACGCACAUGUAUGAACGCUCUGUUAUGUAUGUAAUGUUUUAUUACGUGUAUUUUGCAGCUGUCACCCAUUUCUCUUCCUUGUUCCUGUUUUAUUUUGAAAGGAUCAAACUGUUUUCUCUUUUGGAUGCGAGAGCUUCUCUGAAAGGCGGUUUUGUUGUUCCCCGUCUUCUUAAUUUAUCUUGUGCCUUAAGAGAUAUUUACGUGUAUAAAAAAAUAAGAAGAUGCUUCAACGGUUUUUCCUCAUGUGUCACAAUGUCUCCUAAAUGUCUUUUAAAAAGAAAUAAAGAGCUUUAGCUGGCCAUAGCAGCAUGGAGCUGUACAGCAC